UUCAUGAACAUCUCUUCUUUUUUUGACUAAUUUGUCAAGUGUUCAAAUCCGGAAUGGCCACUUGAGACCCUUUUUAUUCUUCUUCUUCUUCUUCCACCAUGAAAGCAACCAAACGCAAGAUUAUGGAUUUGUCACAUAACCUUCUUUUCUUUCUCUUCCUCAUUCUUGCUUCUGCCAUUCAUGGAAUUAGAGGAGAUGCUAUGGUUAGUGGCACUGUCUUUUGUGACCAAUGCAAGGAUGGCCAAAGAUCUGUCUUCGAUUAUCCCAUUUAUGGAAUCAAAGUGAUGAUGGUAUGUGCAGAUAGUAACGGUCAAAUGACAAUGUCAAGAGAAGAGACAACAAAUUGGUUUGGAAACUAUGUAAUGAAAUUUGAUGGAACACCAGAUUUGAGCAACUGUUACGCACAAGUAUCAAGCAAUGGAGAAGGUUCAAAUGGGUGUGGAGUAGGAGCUGGUCCUGCACAAAAGCUAAGGCUAAUGUUUAGAUUGUUUGAUAUGGAAAUAUAUAAUGUGGAUUCUUUACUAUCUCAGCCUGCUGAGCCAAUGUCAUUUUGCCAAAGGUCUACAAAUCCAGUGCCUGCUCCUUUAAAUCCUGUAAAGCCACCACCGGCGCUUGUUUCGCCAGCCGCGCCUCCACGUUUCAAGCUUCCUCCAUUGCCUAAAUUGCCUCCACUUCCUCCUAUGCCACCAUUACCUUUCCUCGAAGCAUCAGCAUGCACACACCAGAACUGGACAAUGGCAGAGUACAAAUGCUAUUGGAGGGCAGUGAACCCAGACACGAAGGUAGGAGUUGCAUUUGGUUUGGUAGCAGCCAGAAGAUAUGGUACAGACAUGACAUUAUGGCAAGCCCUACAAGGGAGGGGUGACCCUUACAAGACUCUCCUAAGGGAAGGAACAACUGCUCUUCUUAACUCUUAUAAUAGUCUUCAAUUCCCAUUUAAUGCGCUAAGUGUUGUUACACAUAUGAAUUGGGCCUUGAUGGGCUCUCAAAGGGCUGUUCUCCUUACUGCCCUUCGGUUUAUUAGAGCCAAUUAUGGUUCUGGCCAUGCCACUUGCAAAUUCACACCCUGCAAGUGAUAUUUUAAUUUUAUUAUUGGAAGCAAAGGAUGCAGAAUUUAUAUAUAAAGGAUAUUUAUUAUAAUA